AUGGUGAAACCCAGCCAUGGGGGAGGAGAGGCGCUGCGUCUGGCUGGUGAAUGCAGGAAAGGGCGGGCAGGAGCGGGGGAUGGAGCGGUGGUCUGCAUGUCAAGCCGGCCCGCACAGACCGCACAGGGCUUCAGCGUACAGCCCCGUAGAAACCCGGGGUUUCUGUCCAUUCUCUCCGUACUUGUCUUUCAUCCAGCCACCACCCCACCCCUAUUCAUUUUUACUGCUCCCUCUCCUGCCCCACCCCUCAUGCAGAUCCAUUCAUCCACACCCCCAGACCGAGCCCUCCUCACCUCGGUUCUGCAACUGCUCCAGGCGUUGAGCUCCUCUGCGGCUCACACAGUCCCCGCACUGACUGGAGGGAAGGGGUGCGGCGGUAGGACAACCCGCCCACGCUGCGCAGCCGCGCCCCUUCACGCAUGGGCGGGGCGGGGCUCAGACCCAGCCCCCUGCGCUUGACGUCUUGCCCGUGUCACCCACCUAGGCCUGUCUCUGUUUUUGGUAUAUUCUAAGCUUUUUCGGCCUUAGAGGUCCGGAAGUCAUGGCCCUGGUUUCUGUGGAACCACCCUACCUAUUCUGGACAGAGCUGCAUCCCUGGCUGGGUUGAGAAAAUUGAUUCCAGGCAGGUCCACUGUGUGCAGCUUGCAAGUUCUUCCCUUUGGGUUUUCUCCUGGAUUGUUUUCCUCCAACAGCCCAAAGACAUGCAGGUGAGGAUCUGGCGCUGUUCCGGCGAGGCCCGCUGCAGACACUGUACCACCAGCCAGCUGCAUUUGUUGUCCUGGAUGU